GGAAACAGAAGCAGAUGCAAUGGAAUGUCAAAUAAGAAGAAACCUGAGUGUAGAGGCUUUUGAUGUUUUAUGGGAAUUGCGUAAUUCAGGACAGUUAUGUGACGCUGUUAUCAAAGUAGAAAAUAGAGAAUUUCCCAUUCAUCGAAAUAUCAUGUCUGCGUGUAGUCCAUAUUUCAGAACUCUCUUCACGUCAGAGUUUUUUCAAAAGAACACAAAGGAAGUCGUGAUUACCGGUGUGUCUGCAGACAUAAUGAGUCUAAUUAUAGAUUACGCCUACACUAGAAGUGCUGCGGUGACGUCAGACAACAUAGAACGUCUGCUCCCUGCCGCCGACCAGUUUCAUGUUUUGGGUCUCGUCAGUUAUUGCUGUGAUUUCCUGAUGUCGCAGCUAACAGCAGAAAACUGUAUCGGAAUAAUACGAUUUGCAAAAACUUAUUUUUGUCCAAAUUUGGAGAACGCAGCGUACCGUUUCCUUAUGAUUUAUAUUACAGACGUUGUAGAGAAUAGUAAUGAAUUUUUGCAAUUAGACAUUGAGGAAGUGUGUCAUAUUUUAAGUUCCGACUCUUUGAAUGUAAGGAACGAAAAAAUAGUCUUUGACGCAGUAAUACGUUGGAUCGAUUAUGAUCCUGAAACUAGGAAAGUUUUUAUAGCCCGGUUAUUAAAAACGAUGCGCCUUGGACGUUUAACUACGCGGUAUUUCGUGGAAAAGGUUAAACUUCAUCCUUAUGUCAAGGAUAAUGAAUUUUGUAGACCGUUAGUUAUAGAUACUUUGAAAUAUCUGUAUGACCUAACUACGGAUGAACCAAAACAACUUCGUUUGGGGAACAUAAUGAGUUGCAAUAUCGCCGCACCGCGCAUGCCCCACGAGAUUUUGUUUAUCAUUGGCGGAUGGAGUGGUGCAUCACCUAUUAAUAUUGUAGAGACAUAUGAUACACGUGCAGAUCAUUGGGCUUUUUGUGAUAUAGCAGAUACAGGUCCAAGAGCCUACCACGGAACCGUGACACUAAAUCAAUUGAUUUACGUCAUAGGAGGGUUUGAUGGCGUAGAAUAUUUCAACAGCGUGCGCAGCUUUGAUCCGAUGACCAAAGAAUGGAAAGAAGUAGCGCCAAUGAACUCAAAAAGGUGCUACGUCAGUGUGGCUGUACUUGAGGGAUAUAUCUACGCCAUUGGCGGUUAUAAUGGUCGAAACAGACAAAAUAGCGCGGAGCGAUAUCUUUCCGCCAAAAAUCAGUGGAGUUUUAUCAGCCCACUAAACGAAGAAAGGAGCGAUGCCAGCGCCACCUCUCUCAAUGGAAAAUUAUAUAUUUGCGGGGGAUUUAACGGACUGGAAUGUCUAAAUAGUGCCGAAGUCUACGAUCCCCAGACUAAUCAAUGGACACAACUUCCACCAAUGAGAAUCAGGCGCAGUGGCGUAGGCGUCAUUGCCUAUCAGGAUGAAAUUUAUGCCAUGGGCGGAUUUAAUGGUGUGGCCCGAAUGCAUUCUGCAGAGAAGUAUUGUCCAAUCAAAAAUGGAUGGAAGGCAAUAUCAGAUAUGCACAGUCCGAGGAGUAAUUUUGGAAUCGCGGUCCUAGACGGCAUGAUAUUUGUCAUUGGAGGAUUCAAUGGGGUUAAUACAAUCUACAAUGUUGAGUGUUAUGGUGCUAACAAAGAUGAAUGGUACAACGCUGCUAAUAUGCAUUUGUACCGGAGUGCGCUCAGCGCAUGCGUGGUAAAAGACCUUCCUAAUCUGGAGGAUUAUGUGGAGAGAGAAAGAUAGUAACUGUAAUUAUAAGAGUUUUAACGAAAAAAAAUUAUUAUCAAAAUCCAUGAGGUAAUCAAUAAACGUUUUUAGCUUAUACUCAUCAAAUCUCAAGGAAUAUAUGUGUAUCAUCAUGAUGAUAAUUAUUUAUUUUUAAAAAAAUCGUAGGGCAUUAUUUUAAGAAAUGAUAUAAUGAAGAAAAGCUUCUUACGAUAAAAACCAAUAUACUAGUAACCAGUCACGAAUA